GAAUGAGGCUGGAGAAAACAUCUGCAGAGCCGUUGUAAGGUUAGGAAAAGCAUGAGAUGGGCCCUUCCUGCCUAGAUGGGUGGCCACCCCCUCCACAAUGAGUGGAAUUGAUCCCAACUCCUGUUGGCUCCCUUCGCCUCCCCAUUCCACUGCUUGUGGGAAUUGGUCAGCAGUCAGGCAAUUGGCAAGGGCUGGCCCGGACUGGGAAGGAAGGCGAAGGGGCUGCCUGGCACGGAAAGCUGCUUGGGCGUGCGGAGCAUGUGUAUUCGGAGCCCACUCUAAGCAGACUGUGGCUCGGGCAGAGAAAGCACAGUGAUUGGCGAGCCAGUAAACAGACCGGAGAGGAGGGUACAUGUGUGAGCAGAGAGCUUGGGGCAACCUCUAAGCUGAGGAAGUGGAGAGACUGGCGGGGAUGCGUUCUGAUUCUCUCGUCCCAGGUACCCACACCCCACCCAUCCGGAGGAGAAGUAAGUUUGCCAACCUGGGAAGGAUUUUCAAGCCUUGGAAAUGGAGGAAGAAGAAAAGCGAAAAGUUCAAACACACGUCUGCAGCCCUGGAAAGGAAAAUAUCAAUGAGGCAAAGCAGAGAGGAGCUGAUAAAGCGAGGAGUCUUGAAGGAAAUCUAUGAUAAAGAUGGGGAGCUGUCCAUAUCGAAUGACGAUGACUCCUUGGAAAACGGGCCAUCUCUGAGCUCCAGCCAGCUGUCUCUGCCUGCCCUGUCCGAAAUGGAGCCAGUCCCAAUGCCCAGGGAUCCCUGCUCGUACGAGGUGCUCCAACCUUCAGACAUCAUGGAUGGGACAGUGUCUGAAGAGAGUCCCUCUGCCAGUGAGUCUGGAGUCCUCCUGUCCCAAGAUCCUUCAGCCAAACCAGUCCUGCUACUGCCCCCCAAAAAACCUGCUGCUUUCCCUGGAGACCAUGAGGAGACCCCAGUGAAGCAGCUGUCCCUUCUCAAGCAACCCCCCGCCCUGCCUCCCAAACCCACUGCCAGGAUUGCCAACCACUUAACAGAUCCUGGCGCCCCUGUGAAAUUGCCUUGUCUGCCAGUGAAACUGUCGCCUCCGCUACCUCCAAAGAAAGUCAUGAUCUGUAUGCCUGUCGGGGGACCAGACCUCUCCCUGGCAUCCUACGCAGCCCAGAAGAGUGGCCAGCACCACACAGUCCUGCCAUCCCAGAUCCAGCACCAGCUGCAAUAUGGCAGCCUGGGCCAGCACCUCCCCUCCACCACCGGCUCCCUACCCAUGCACCCCUCGGGCUGCCGGAUGAUAGACGAACUGAACAAAACGCUGGCCAUGACCAUGCAGAGGCUGGAAAGCUCUGAGCAGCGCGUCCCCUGCGCCACUUCUUACCAUAGCUCUGGUUUGCACUCGGGUGACGGUGUCACAAAAGCAGGACCUCUGGGCCUUCCGGAAAUAAGACAAGUGCCAACUGUUGUGAUUGAAUGUGAUGACAAUAAAGAAAAUGUGCCUCAUGAAUCAGACUACGAAGACUCUUCCUGCCUCUACACGAGGGAAGAGGAGGAUGAGGAGGAGGAUGAGGAGGAGGACAGCUCGUUGUACACCAGCUCCUUGGCCAUGAAAGUGUGCAGGAAGGACUCCUUGGCCAUCAAACUCAGCAACCGACCUUCCAAGCGAGAGCUCGAAGAAAAGAACAUCCUUCCCAGGCAGACAGACGAGGAGAGACUGGAGCUGAGACAGCAGAUUGGCACCAAGCUCACCAGGCGACUGAGCCAGAGGCCAACUGCAGAGGAAUUGGAGCAGAGGAACAUUUUGAAACCUCGGAAUGAACAAGAGGAGCAGGAGGAGAAAAGAGAAAUCAAGAGGAGACUAACUCGAAAGCUCAGCCAGAGACCCACGGUGGAAGAACUUCGAGAAAGGAAGAUCCUUAUCCGCUUCAGCGACUAUGUGGAGGUGGCCGAUGCUCAGGACUAUGACCGCAGGGCUGACAAGCCGUGGACCCGCCUCACCGCUGCCGACAAAGCUGCCAUUCGAAAGGAACUCAAUGAAUUUAAAAGCACUGAAAUGGAAGUUCAUGAAUUGAGUAGACAUUUAACAAGGUUUCACCGACCUUAACAGUCAAAUUCCUCCUGAGUGCUAUGCUGUCUUCAAAACAUAAAUUUCUAAGAACCAUAAGUGCUGGUAUUUAUUCACUUCCCCAUUACGAUUUAAAUCUUUGGAACUGCCUUUUUUUUUUUUUUAAAGAAGAAGAGAAAUUAAAGGAAACACAAUCAGGAUUCUAUUUUCGAAAAUGUAAUGGUUACUACUCAGUGGACAGAGCUGCUGGCAACACCACUGAUAAUGAAUCGUGUCCCACCGAGCAGGACUGAGGCACCAGCCGCGCUUCCCUGAAGACUCCGGCACUCGGGGCGUCCUAGGCCUUGCAGGCCAGGCCCGCAGUCACCACAUGCAUUUAGACUCCAGUGAACUUCUUGAAAGCAUCUGUCACCAGAGUCCAAAGAAAGCAGAGGUGGUGGGUUUGGCCCAGGGAUGACCAUGCAAAAGUCUGGUUGGCCUUUUAGAUUUGGCCAAACACUCUGGCUCCAGACUUGUCAUCUGGUUUGGGGGCCCCUGAGGAGGAGGCAGCAGAGAGGGAACACUGUUCUCAGUUGCCCUGACCUUUCUCUCCCUUCUCUGUGUUGUAAACAGAAGGGAAGGGCCUUUUCUGGGGAGUCUGGUGUUGGCUGUUGGUCCUGAGAGUAUGUUUGCUCCAGGCUCUGUGGCACUGAGCACCAUCCUGUCCCCUCAAUCCAAGAUGAGCUGCCUUUUGGGAAGCUCUGGUUUAGAAGGGGAACGUUGUCAUCUGCUCAGUUCAAAUUUAUUACCCUAUCCAUGUUAAAAAAAAAAAAAAAAAGCCAAAUGUCACCAACUGCAAAGGUCCUCUUUGGUAUUUGAAUUCAUGCAUUUGAGUGUAAGGACCUCCUGAGGUGGAAAGCAGGGUGACAGCUCUGUUAGGCUAAUGCUCGCUUUCUCCCCCUGCCCCAGGACCAGGGACGGUUUGGCCUGGAGGUAAAUGACCUCUGAGUAUAGCAGGCCAGAGACCAUCCCUGUCAGACUGGCUUCCCGGUCACUGAGGCUCUGGCACCCCAGAUCUGCUGGGCUGGCCUCCUCAUCUCCUUUCUUUGCACUGAGGAGUUACUCUGAAUAGCCCGAAUUCGGCCUGUGCCAGAAUGGGCACACGCCCACCAGUCCUGCCUGUGCUCGACCUCACCAGGCCUGUUUAUCCACAGGGAUCCUUCCUCUCCCUCUUGAUGCUGUGAGGGUGACUGGAGAUGUCUCUGUAACUGUCCUACUCACUUGGGGCCACAGGAAAACAGUGCUCGGUUGAUAUACGGCUCUCCCUACGAGGCCCACUGCCACCACUUCUGCUUUCCUUCCUGACAGAGUUCACAGGCCCUCAGUCACCAGGCUCUGCCUGAACUUCUGGAGUGGUCCCAUAGUUAGCACCAUUGCUCCCCACCACACAUGCCCAGGAUUUAGAGAUGCCAACUUGGCCUUCACAAAAAGAGAGUUAACAGUCCCCACCUGAACCAUGUGGGAAGCAAGUCACUCUUGGGAUGCACACCAUCCGUGAGGCCGUUUAAUUUUCUGUGGGCAUUCACGCUCCUGUGGCCAGCAUCACCCAGGAGCUGUGUGUAUCUGAGGGGAAGCUCAGGGCAGUCCCGGCCAUGCCCAGCAGCCACUGCAAAGCUGCCCUAUGCUUUCCUCAUACCACCUGGAGCGAGCAUGCCCUGCCCGGCCCCAGGAGGACACCAUCACCAGUUCCUUUUUACUUUGAAUGUUGAAUCUGCAUAGUUACUGCCGUGAGUAGAGGUUUUGUUCAGGGAAAAUGUGGUCGGGACUUUAGUGUGGCUGUAAACACUUACUUCCCGAAAGGCUUACUGACGUUUGAAUGUGCAAAUGGUAUGACGAAAGAUUAGGCUUCUUUCGUUUGACAUCUUGAUGGUGGCCACGUGUUCCAGGCCAUGGUGCCUGCCUAGCCAGGAGUGGAGUCUUAACUUCCUCCAGCUUGCAGCUGGGCUUCGGGCAGCUUGCAGUAUCCUGGCCCAAGAGCCAGCCUUUAAGGAAACACAUUCCAUUGCCUGGCUACUUCCACAAAGGCCAGUGGCUCUCUGCAGACCUUGGUUCUGGGCCUUUCAGAUUCCCUGGGAACUUGACACCCAACUCAGCUUCCCUGCAGCCAGUCAGCCAGCAGCCCAGGUUUUCUGCCCCAAGUGCCCUAUUGUUUCAGCCCACUUCAUGCAUGGAAGAAAUUGAACAGUUUCCACCUGUCUUCCUGCAGGGCACCCUUCUCCAGAAGCCACUUGCAUAGAGUUAGAGGUGCAACUCCUAGCCACCAGAAGCUCACCCACCCUCAAGAUGGGCUCUUUCAAGCCCAUUUUUCUUGGCUCAGCUGACACAGUGGCCCUAGGGUGGACCCUCUGCUGUCUCUUCCCCUUCUUGAAAUGCUGAAGUUUUGAUAGAAAUCAAUCCAAAUUUCUUUUUUGGCCACAUUGUUAUAACAACUGAAAAAUGUGACUUUCCAAGGUGACAAUUUGACAUUAAUUAGGAAAAAAAAAAUAACAAAGAGAUGGGCCGGGUGCAUUAUAAUGUGUCCCUUUUCUGCAGUUUUCAAGAAAAGGCUUAUUUGUGGGUAUAAAUUUCCAAUUGAACCUUCUUUCAUUUGAAUUAGCAUGAAAGGAAAAGUGUGAAAUUUCUCAAAUUGAAAUGUUUCCCUCUUGAAAUUAGACAUCGCCCCAACCUCCCCUCUCAGAUGGUGGAAGGAAGAGACUGCCGCUGGCCUACCUGCUAUCUGGACUUGCUGAUCUACCCCUCUCCAAAGGCCCUCAAAGCCUUGUAAAACCUUUACAACGUUAGCCUUUAUGUCAGAUUAGAGAAACCAAACGUGACAGUAGAUGUGAUGAAAACCUCUGAGUUUAUUUUUCUCCUGCUUCUGAACGUGUAUUUAUAUUUGCAGAAUGAAAAUCGUGACGUGUGCUUCGAUGACUGGAAUUUCAGGCUCUCCCUGUGCACAGCUAGUGGGUGAAGGUCACCUUAAAUGACUUUUUCUUCCCAUUUGUCUGUUGAUUCCCCACACCGGUUGCUUUUCCCAGUUGCUUCCCGGGUGUCUGUACAUAGUUUGUGUUUGUAUAGGAGCGCUCUCGUGUUCUAACUUAACAAAUGAUGGCUGUAUGAGGAAGACAAUGUACAUAGACUACAAAGUAAACUGAAUCUCUAUGGCCUAGGUUUUGUACAUACAGAAACUGCAUGGUAUUUAAAUUAUUGUUUGUCUCUGAUGAUGUAUGCAGUUUCUUUAAAAACAAACCAAAAAAAAAAAAUCACUUCCUCGACUCCUGUGUGUUUUGUCAACCACAGGAACCACCAAAAACAGUCUGGCUAAGGAGGAGGGUUGGAGGGAAAGGGGUAGGUCAGCUUGUCAGCAAAACAGUAAGCGUUAAGGAGCUACAGGAGACCUUCUUGUAUCUGGCAGCAUUUGGGGAAGGAAGGCAGAGCUGUUACACACAAGUUCACUUUCUAGAUGACUUUUGUAUGUGAGUACUUUUUUUCUUCCUAACAUUUUAAUUAAUAUGUAUUGCCCAACCUACUGUCCUUUGAAUAAUCUGGAAUAAUGAAUAUAAAUGGUUAAAUCACCCGGUCAUCCAGUUACUAUCCAAUUUGAGACAGCCUGAGGUGGGGGCUCGAGGGGAUCUUUGGGGUGGCACUGCCUCUAAGCUAGAACCCCAGACUACCUUGCUUCAUGAAUAUUUUGGUCUGUCUCCUUCCUUAAGAAUCCUGGACAUUUUUCCUGUGAAACAAAAAACUUUAUUGCUUAACUUUCUGGUCCUGACUUGUCUUUGGGGGAGAAGCAAGAGAGGACUACAGUGCUUGCUGACUGCAUUUCAGGACGGUGAAGUAACUGGUUCUGCUCCCUCACACCAUCCCAGGAAUCAUCUGGGAGCCUUGAUAAAGUGCAGUAGAUCUCGGUUGGACCUGAGAUAUUGGUCCAGGAAUCACACUUCUAAGUAGCAAGGGCUUCAGGUAACAAAGGGAGCUGCUUUUCCUUUGCCUGGGAAUCUGCAGCCUCAGAAAGUCGAAGUAACCACAUGCACUGCUUAUUAUUUCUUGCCAAGCAACAACAAAGCCUCAUUGGCUCAGUAUCCUUCUGCAUCGCAUCAGGGUCUGUGGCAAGGUCUCACCUCCGCAGUCCCAGGGACACCGGAGCUGGAGUGGCCACAGCGAAAGGGCACUGGUUUACCAAAAGGCUUUCAAGUCUCAGGCUGUUUUUCUUUCAUUCUGACCCUUGCACCUC